AAUUCUAAUUUCGAAGAUUUAUUUUCUAAAAGGAAAAAAGAAGAUUUAUUGAAAAUAAAAUUUAUGACGCUGUAACCAAAAAAUCACAGUUGAAUAUUAUGUAAUUACAAAAUUUUGGCGCCGUUUUGAUUUUCUUUUUUUGUGGUUAUAUCAAGGCAGAGUGAGCAGCGAGUAAUAGAAUCGGAGUCGAAGCAGUGAGCAAGCGGAAAUAAAAAAAUGGACUGUGUGGAAUCAUCGAGUCGGCGUCGAGCAACUGCGAGUCAACACGAGCAAUGGAUAGUUCAAGACCAAGUGUUUCAGAUCUACGAUAUCUUCGCUAAUAUUCCUCACAAGGCCCAAACCCUAAUGUUAGAGCUUCAACGUGAUAAGCACAUGGAAUACCUAACAAGAGGACUGAAACAACUAAGUUCUUCUUUCUGUGUAUUGGAUGCUAAUCGGCCUUGGCUUUGCUACUGGAUCCUGCACUCAAUUGCUUUAUUGGGUGAGUCUAUCGAUUAUGAACUGGAAAACAAUGCCAUUGACUUUCUUAAUCGUUGCCAGGAUCCAAAUGGCGGAUUUGGUGGUGGACCUGGACAGUUGCCUCAUCUUGCAACAACCUAUGCUGCUGUUAAUUCUCUUGUUACUUUGGGUGGACCUAGAGCAUUAUCAUCUAUUAAUAGAGGUAAAUUGUACACAUUUUUGCGGCGAAUGAAAGAUCCAAGCGGGCCAUUCCGGAUGCAUGAUGCCGGAGAAAUUGAUGUCCGCGCUUGUUAUACAGCCAUUUCAGUUGCAAAUAUUCUCAACAUUUUGGACGAUGAGCUGGUUAGGGAUGUUGGUAAUUACAUAUUAAGCUGUCAAACUUAUGAAGGAGGCAUUGCAGGAGAGCCUGGUUCUGAAGCUCAUGGUGGAUAUACCUUUUGUGGAUUGGCUACUAUGAUUCUGAUCAAUGAGGUCAAUCGUUUGGACCUCUCCAGUUUAAUUAAUUGGGUGGUAUUUCGACAAGGAGUGGAAUGUGGAUUUCAGGGGAGAACAAACAAGUUGGUUGAUGGUUGUUACUCCUUCUGGCAGGGAGGCGUGUUUGCACUAUUACAAAGAUUGCGAUCAAUUGGUGGUGAACAUGCAGCAUUUUCUGAUGCCGAAGCAGGACAUUGUGCUACAGAGAGCAGUUCUGAAGACGAAGGUACAGAUGGAGAUUCAACGGACGUGGAUGAACCUGGCCAUUUUAAGCAGGGAGGUCAUGGAGUAACUGUACCUCUUUUUCAUAGUUCGGCCUUGCAGCAGUACAUUAUUCUAUGCUCACAGGAACAGGAGGGUGGAUUUAGAGACAAACCUGGGAAGGCUAGGGAUUAUUAUCACACGUGUUAUUGUCUAAGUGGGCUCUCAGUAUGUCAAUAUAGCUGGUCUAAGGACGAGAAUUCUCCGCCUCUGCCAAGAGCUGUGCUGGGUCCAUACUCCAAUCUUUUGGAACCCAUCCAUCCUCUAUACAAUGUGGUCUCAAAGCAAUAUGAUGGAGCUCAUGAGUUCUUUUCCAGCCAAAGCUCAAGUUAUUAGAGUUAGUUUAAGGUGAUGUGAUGCAACUUGAGCCUAAUCUACUGAAAGUUUUAUCUAUCACAUACCAGUAUUGUAUGUACAAUGGAUGGUUAAAUGUUGACCAUUUUUAUGGAUUUAUCUGGCUAUGUUGUGGAAAUGGAUGAGAAGUAUGUGAGAAUGAAUGGUUUAAAUGCGUAUCUUAACUCUUGA